AUGAAAAUAUAUAAGAAAAGGGAAAAUAGAUUUGUUAUUGAUUCUACGCGAACAACUCCUUUAUGGGAUAUUUUGAAAACAUUAAGAGAGUGCAAUUACUUUGAACCGUUAUCUUAUGGUGAACUUUUCACUUAUACAACAGAUUUAUAUAAACAAAAACUUGCACCGUUUAAAGAUUUAAAUUAUACCCCGAACUACUGUGUUCAGUUAAAGAAAAAGUCUGAAAGUAAAGAUAGUGAUAAAUCAAAACAAAAAUUCAUUCCUGAACACAUUUUCUUCGCUGACUUUGAAUGUAGCACUGAUGGAGUUCAUAAAGCCUUUAACAUUUGUUAUGAUAGUGAAGAUGGAAAGAUUAGCGAAAGCAUUUGGGGUCAAAAUUGUGCAACAAAAUUUUUAGAAAGAAUUCCUGAUAAAAGUUUAAUAUAUUUUCAUAACCUCAGUUAUGAUAUCAAUUUCAUUUUAAGACAUUUAACAGAAAUUAGCGGAACACCAAUUAUUAAGGGUUCUAGAACAAUGCAGAUAACGGGAAUAUAUAAAGGUAAAGCAAUCAUUAUUAAAGAUUCAUACACUGUUAUAAAUAAGAAGCUUAAACUAUUUCCUGAAAUGUUUCAUUUGCAGUGUGGUGAAAAGGAAGUAUUUCCGUAUCAAUAUUAUUCAAGCUCUUUAUUAGUUAAUGAUAACAAAACUGGCGUAAUUUCUGAAGCGUGUAAGUUUGUAAAAGAUAUUGAAACGUUCAUGAAAAACAUAGAUUUAAUCGAAAACUGCAGAAUAGAUGAAAACCAUUUCGAUUUAGAAAAAUAUAGCUCAUUUUAUUGCAAACAGGACGUAAGGAUUUUAAGAGAAGGUUUUGUUAAGUUCAGAAAUGAUAUAUUGAAAGAGUUUGAUUUAAACGUUUAUGAUUACGUUAGCAUUUGUUCAAUCGCUAACAAACUUUUCGAAAACAGAGUAUAUUUCCCGAAUGGAAAUUUAUAUGACCUUUCAAAUAAACCAAGAGAAUUUAUUUCACGCUGUAUUCAAGGUGGAAGAUGUAUGCUGUCAGAUAACAAGAGAGCGCAAAAGAGCGAAAAGAAACUCAUUGCUGACUUCGAUGCUGUUUCAUUAUAUCCCUCAGCUACUGCGAGACUUUAUACUUUAGAAGGAAUUCCAAAGGUUAUGAAGAAAGAAAUGUUAAACAGUGAAUAUUUGUUAAAACAUUUAUUCGAUGAUGACCAGGGCGAGCCUGAAGGUGAGAAAUUCAUUUCCGGAUUCUUUGUUUUAAUAAAAAUAACCGAGAUUAAGAUUAAAAGGCACUUUCCAUUAAUAACAGUAGAUCCAGAAUUAAACCCGGAGCUAAAGGUUCCAAGAAGUUCUAACACAUGCUGUUUAAUGUAUGUGGACCACAUAGCUUUGCAGGAUUUAAUAAAAUAUCAGGGCAUCAGCUGCGAAGUAUUACAGGGUUACUACUACGAUGAAAAAAGAGAUUUUAGAAUAAGAGAUGAAGUAAAGAAAUUGUUUGAAUUGAGAUUAAAGUAUAAGAAGGAAGAAAAUCCGCUACAAGAAAAUAUUAAAUUAAUUUUGAACAGUAUUUAUGGAAAAACUAUUUUGUUCCCGAUAGAGUCGAAAAUUAAAAUCAUUGAUGAUAAAGAUGCUGUUAGGUAUGCCAUCAGAAAUUAUAACCAUAUCAUUAAAUUUGAAGGUUUAGAUGGUUCGGAUAAAACUAUUUUCAAACUAACUAAAAGCAUUUGCAGACACUUUAACUUUUGCCCCUUAGGUGUUAAUAUCUUAUCUAUGUCGAAACGUAUCAUGAAUGAAGUAUUUUGCACUGCUGAGGAUAUGGGACUUCAAAUCUUCUACCAGGACUGUGAUAGCAUGCAUAUUUUCAAUGAAGACAUACCACGUUUAGCUCGGGAAUUUCAGAAAAGAUAUGGUCGUGAAUUAAUAGGAAAGAAUUUAGGUCAGUUUCAUUCAGAUUUUGCAGAAAUCACAAAAGAUAAACAAAGUUUAGCUUACAAGUCGAUAUUUUGUGGAAAGAAGACUUACAUAGACCUUUUAAUAAAUGACAUUGGUGAAGUUGCAUUUCAUGCACGUAUGAAAGGCGUAAAACAAGAUGUCAUUGCUUUAACCGCUAACGAAAUGUUUCCUGACGCAGUACAAUGCUAUUAUAAUGAAGAUAAGAACAUUCAUAUUCCUGUUGGAAAAUAUGAUAAAGAUUCUGAGUUCAGUAUAAUGAAAUUAUAUCAAGCCCUUCACGAUGGUCAGGAAAUCGCAUUUGAUUUAUGCAAAUCAACAGCACCCUGUUUUGAAGAGAAGUUUAACUUUUCAAUAACGACUAAAAAUACUUUCAUAAGGAAAUUAAAGUUCUGA